UCCUGUUUCUGUUUCAUUUUUUAGGUAUAAUGCUCCUGUGGAAGUAGGCGUGUUAGGUUAAGCUGGGAUCCCUGUUAUUGAGUUUUGAUUGGCUGAAUAUAAAGUUGGUUGCUGGAUAUCUUUCUCUACAUAUUGUUCAUUUGGCUUCUGUUAAGUAGUAGUAGGCCAUAUGGGUUCACGGUUUCCAUCUCAUAAGUUGAGUAAUGGCCUUUACGUGUCGGGCCGGCCUGAGCAGCCAAAAGAAAAAACUCCCACAAUGAGCUCAGUUGCCAUGCCAUACACUGGUGGUGAUAUCAAAAAGUCUGGAGAACUUGGUAAAAUGUUUAUACCUAUGGAUGGCUCCAGAUCUAGAAAAUCUGGUCCCAUUAACAGUGCUCCUUCAAGGACAGGAUCUUUUGGUGGUUCUGCAUCUCUAUCGGGGCAAUUAAAUUCUAGCAAUCGGGUGGGUUCUCUUUCAUCUGGUGGCAUUCCUGCAUCUGCUUCUUUGAAGAAGACCAAUUCUGGUCCUCUUAAUAAACAUGGAGAGCCAUUGAAAAAGUCAUCUGGUCCUCAAGGUGGAGGUGGAGCUGCUGUUUCCCGCCAAAAUUCUGGUCCUAUUCCUCCAGUUCUUCCGACAACGGGCCUCAUUACAUCUGGACCUAUUACUUCAGGCCCACUGAAUUCUGCAGGGGCUCCUCGGAAGGCAUCUGGUCCUUUGGAGUCUACAGGAUCAAUGAAACGGCACAAUGCUAUAGUCAACAACCAGGCUGUUACACGUCUUAGCUCCGAUGAUGAGUAUUCUUUCCGCAAGAGCUUCCCGAAGGCAAUCCUUUGGUCCAUCAUACUUCUAUUCAUGAUGGGAUUUAUUGCUGGUGGUUUCAUACUUGGGGCUGUUCGCAACCCCAUUCUUCUCGUUGUCGUUGUUGUACUUUUUGCUGCUGUGGCUACAGUGUUUACCUGGAAUACUUUUUGGGGAAGAAGAGCUAUUACUGGUUUCAUAGCUAGUUAUCCAGAUGCCGAGUUAAGAACUGCAAAAGACGGCCAAUUUGUCAAAGUUUCUGGGGUUGUGACCUGUGGAAAUGUUCCUCUUGAAUCAUCAUUCCAAAAGGUUCCAAGAUGUGUUUAUACAUCCUCAAGUUUGUACGAGUACCGGGGAUGGGAUUCAAAAGCUGCAAACCCAACGCAUCGUCGUUUUACCUGGGGUCUUCGUGCAUUAGAGAGACAUGUGGUUGAUUUCUAUAUUUCCGAUUUCCAGUCUGGGUUGAGGGCAUUGGUCAAGACUGGAUAUGGUGCAAGGGUAACCCCUUAUAUUGAUGAAUCUGUUGUUGUUGACAUCAAUCCAUCAAAUAGGAAUAUGUCUCCUGAAUUCUUUAAAUGGCUCGGAGAAAGAAAACUUUCAAGUGAUGAUCGUAUAAUGAGAUUAAAAGAAGGGUACAUCAAAGAAGGUAGCACUGUCAGCGUAAUGGGAGUCGUGCAACGGAAUGAUAACGUUCUGAUGAUUGUUCCGCCACCAGAACCUUUCUCAACCGGAUGCCAAUGGAGUAAAUGCAUUCUUCCUGCAAGUCUUGAAGGCAUUGUUUUGAGAUGUGAGGACACUUCAAAGAUUGAUGUCAUACCAGUGUAGCAGUUUAUAUUUACGUAUGGUAUUUGCUAUUUUUGAGCAUAAAAGUUGGAGAAUGAUCUUACGAAACAGCAAGAUGAUUGUGUAUAGUUUUCAUGUUUUUCUUCAUUCUGGUUCCAAUGUUUUUUGAUAAUGGUAAUGGUGUGAUUAUUAUAGCAAGGCAGAGAAACUUGGUGAUUAACCAGUUCAAUUUAAUUUGUUUCUUGAUAAAUUUCAUUAUUCUCGGGGUUGUGAAAA